AUGCAGGAUUCAUCCACUUCCUUGGCUAUGGAUGGCUACUCCAGUAACGUGCCAGCGUUCCUCACCAAGCUGUGGACGCUGGUGGAAGAUCCAGAGACCAACCAUCUUAUCUGCUGGAGCAUAAAUGGCACCAGCUUCCAUGUUUUCGAUCAGGGUCAAUUUGCAAAGGAAGUAUUACCCAAGUAUUUCAAACACAACAACAUGGCCAGUUUUGUCCGGCAGCUGAAUAUGUAUGGCUUUCGGAAAGUGGUGAAUAUUGAGCAGGGCGGCCUUGUCAAGCCUGAACGAGAUGACACGGAGUUCCAGCACCUUUAUUUCCUACAAGGCCAUGAGCAUCUCUUGGAGCACAUCAAAAGGAAGGUAUCGGUUGUGAAAAGCGAAGAAACCAAGAUGCGCCAGGAAGACCUCAGCCGGUUAUUAUAUGAGAUCCAGGUCCUCAGGAGCCAGCAAGAGACGAUGGAAUGCCAAAUGCAGGACAUGAAACAGCAGAACGAAGUUUUGUGGAGGGAAGUUGUGUGCCUCAGGCAGAAUCAUUCUCAACACCAGAAAGUGAUCAAUAAGCUGAUUCAGUUUCUGUUCGGCCAGCUCCAAUCAAACCCCAGCACGGCCGGAAUAAAGAGAAAACUACCUCUUAUGCUGGAUGAUGGGAAUUCUGCUCCUCAAACGUCUAAGUUCAGGAGGCAUUUGUCUCUGGAUCCUCUUCAUGAUUCCUAUUUCAUUCAGUCGCCAUCUGCAGAACCUGCCUCGUGUCUAAACAACAGCCCUGCUGUCGCCGGAGGGCCGAUCAUAUCGGACGUUACUGAAGCAUUGCAGUCUAAUGCCGUGGUCAUGCAGCCUCCUGCCAGCGGUGAAAGAGCAGAAAUGUCUGAUCCCUUGGAUGGUGCUGACUUGAAUCUGGAAGGCCUUCAGAUCCUGCUGAGAAACCAGCAGUACAAUCUGGAAGCUGGUAACACUUUGGAUGUCUUCAACCCUACUGUAGCUGCAAGUGAAUGGAAUUUGAGUGAUGUGGAGGCUAAUUUGUCCUCGUUUGUAUUUUUGCAUCAAGACGCAGAAGCCCGCUGUGGAUCUGGUGAAGACUGCAAAUAAGAUGCUCUU